UCUUCUGACGAGAUCCCCAAAGGAACGACUUGACCGUUACAACUGGGGACUUUUAUUUAACGCGACAAAAGUUAUAGCUUCGUAAUAUCUGUGCUUUUCAGCACCUCAACCGAGUACUAUGAGUGAUUUUGUGGACGACGAAGCUAUACUGAACUUUGUCGAGGUGACGGGGGCUGACCCUGAUGUGGCAAAGAGCUAUCUGACUGUCGCGGAGGGUAGGGUUGAGCAGGCCAUUUCUCUGUUCAUGGAAAAUGGAGGUGCUCCGUUGACAAGCGAAAUACCUGAGAGACCGCAAACGUCCUCCAGUGCGGCUUCUUCUACAAGCUCAUUACCUCGCGAACCAGAGGAAGUUCGAGCUCCGAUAGCACCCAAAAGGGAGGCUCUCUUCUCGAAUGACGGACCUUCCUUCCAUAGAGGCGGAGGCAGACGGGCACAACCUGUUUCCACCAUACCUGGAUUGCCUCCCAGCCCUUUCAUGCAAGAACCCUUGGGGCCAAUCAUACCAUCCAUCGCCAAUGACAGGAACAGCAGACUAGCGGAACUGUUCAGGCCUCCAACCGAUAUCAUACAUGAUGCAAACACACUAGAGCAUGCUCGCGAGUAUGCCAAGCACCAUAACAAAUGGGUAAUUGUGACGCUGAACGAUCCAUCUGAAUUUGGCUGCCAAGUGAUGAAUCGAGAUUUGUGGAAAGAUUCUGCUGUGCAAGAUCUGAUUAAGGAAAACUUUAUCUUUAUAUAUUGGGGUGCCGACAGCCCUCCUGGUAGAAACCAUCGAGCACUCUAUCCAGUUGAUAGCUACCCUUAUGUCGCCAUAAUUGAUCCCAUAACUGGAGAGCGAAUGAAAACAUGGAGCACAACCAUGACCCCGGCAGAAUUCAUGCAAGAUGCUUCGGAAUUUUUGGCGAGGCAUAGUCUUCACCUACCAGCACCUGCAAGAAAGAAAAAGAAGACCGUCACUCCAGCUGGGCAACGACCGGUCACAGAAUUAUCGGAGGAGGAGCAACUUGAACUUGCCUUAGCUGCGUCAAUGGGUCAGACGAAAGUUGCUCCUGCUGCGGACCAGGAUGAAACGGCUGAUGAAGUGGAGGCCAUGGAAGAUGUUGUCCCAUCGACGAAUGUUUUCGACACCAUUGAGCCCAUUCUGAACGAAGAACCGACAGGAAGUGAUGCUGUCCGAAUUCAAUUCCGUUUACCUGACGGAACACGCAAAGUCCGACGAUUUAGAAAAACAGAUCCGGUUCGCACCCUCUUCCAAUAUGUGCGAGCCGAUGUUCCUGAAGCAAGGGCCAAGCCGUUCGAGUUGAUGAACUUCCGGGAUCCUUUAUUGCCGAGGAUAAAUGAUUCAGUGGAAGACGCGAAGUUGGCUGGAGCCUCUAUAACAGUCGACUUCCAGUAAAUGGGAGUCCCUCGUCCCUGCUCUCACGGAGGUUGUUUCAUAGGCCACAGUUGGUAUUGCAUAAUAAAUCAAGGUAUAUCUCUCAGUACCCGAACAAGCAUUGGUAGAUUGAAAUUGCAUUCCGUCGGUCAACGAUAGCGGGAG